GCACUACCAUCGUUCUGAUUUGUAUUUCGAUUUCUACUUUCCUAUGUAGAUCGUGUGCAAUCUCCAAGCAGUUUCUACAGUUCAUUGUCGCCACCAACAUAAACAGAUGCCUGCUGUGCGCUCCAGUCGUUCAAUGCCUGGAUCAGACGCAGAGGAUGAAGAGGUCCGUCAGGAUAUCAAUAGACUAGCCGUACAUGGCCUUGCAGACGCGCCCGACGUCUAUAUAGGUUACCUUCCAUCAUUUCGUGCACACUUGCGAGAUACCAGAGCCCACCUCGCUGGGUCUAUCACACUUUAUGACGGCACCCGUCCCGAUCCUUCAAUCAAGUCCACGCCCCCUCCUUGCCAAGAUGAUGUUAUCUUUUCUCCUGAACAGAUUGAAGAGGACUCUGAGCUACCGCCACGUGAAUCGAAGCCAACGAUCUGGAGUUCUUCACUUUCUUCUUGGUCCCAAUCAGAGGUAGACGUGUUCUUUCACGCGGUGUCGGUCUACUCUCGCUGGCGGCCAGACUUGAUUGCAGAGGCCGUAAAGACCAAAGGCGAGGUCGAAGUUGCAGAGUUCCUCGUUACUCUGGACUCCUGCACGCGUUCUCGCGCCACCGACACCAGUGACAUCCUGUCGACUGCCCCUGCCGCGAUCGAAGUAUCGGAUGAGUGGGUAGUCGCCGAAGAGGCCAUGGCUACCGCUCUGACUGUCGAAGAGGCCCGUGGGGAACUUCAGCAACUGGGGGCGCUAAGGAGAAAGAGGGUCAGGGACGCCAAGGCGGAUAUGAUCCCGAGAGGAAAACGGAGGCGCAUCACGGUCGAAGUUGAAGAAGACGAACUCAUAGGGUGUGGUGAUUCAGAGAGGGAUAACGCUCAGGACGAUUCAAUGAGCGUUGAGGUCGUUGCGGGGAAAGCUCGCUUCGAAAAAUGGCACGCACGUAAGAUCGCUGCUUGGGAACGAGACGAUCUGCUUAAGAAUCUCGAGGACAUGCAUUUGCAAGUAUUAGAUGCAAUGCUGCGCGAGGAUGAGGAGGCACAGAAAGGGAAGAGCCUGAGCCGUGAAGGGAGUGCUGAUGUGAUCUCGCAGGACCCGGACACCGGAAUGGACUUGAACAUACUCUCUCCCUCGUCUCGCCGACGCCUGACAAAACGACUUUACAUGCGACGAAAGCGUGCGCAGCUCCGAGGUGAAGAUGUGGCACUAGUGACCCUUGCAAGAAAGAAGCCUGGGCGGAAGGGAAAAGAAAAGGCGGCUAAAGAGGUGGAAGAGACCGAGAAAGAGGAGUGGUUGCCUUCUGGGAAGAAAGACGUGCGGAUUAGGGCAACGAUGACUCCAGAUCUUACUGAACCUGAUUCUCAAGCCGAUUACAACGACCUCGGGGACGCAGGCGAGGCGACCACCAAGAAGCGUAUUAACGCGGGUGGAAAAACCCGUUACCAGAAAAUCAAGUUUGAGUUCGAAAAUGCUGGGAUCAAUGCAUCCUAUCUCGGUGAACAAGAUAUGGAUCUCUUCCAUCUCGGACGUUUUGGAAAGCUCAUGGGGAUAUACAAAUCACUCGAGCAAUGCUCAGAGGAUGAUGCUGGUGCCACCUUCAUCUCCCCAGAGUUAAUACGGUACCUUCAAGCAUCGGUGGUCGCAUUCACAACGGAUGUAAUACACCGCGCGACCAUGUGGAAGGAACAAGGUAAUGAGCUCAAGGGCCAGAAAAAGGUUUGGAGAGGUGCGCUGCACCAGAUAAACCAACCAGCCGUCGAACAUGCAUUGAAGACGAUCGGCGUGAGGACCUUGAGUCAGCAAGACCACUUCUCAAGGCUCCUUGAUCGGUACGAUCUAUCCCCAGACAAACGGAAGCGCAAGAAAAAAUCUAGCCCCCUCGCAGAUGCAGAGGGCGAGCGAGCGAACGCCGCCAGAAAUUCUUCUGACGCGCAAAGCUAUGACAUUGCAUUUUCGCUUCAUCGUGCAAUAUAUACACCUGCAUUUCUCGCUCCCGCCUCGUUUGAUCUCGGUGUUGUGGGCACUUUCUUCCCGAGUUACGAUGCAUGUUUUCCCUCGAAAGCCCUGAUUAAUGAGGAUUCGUGCGAUGCGUUGGAGGACUCCUUGCUCUCGGAUGAGACAGACGAGGAGGCUCUAGAAGAUGAUUUGCAGAGGGACGAGAUGUUGGAUCAGGUUGAUGUGGAAACGGGUAGGAAGGUUGAGGAGCUGCUAUGGGCCGAAGUCGAGAGAGAAGAAGGAGACGAUGCAAGCGUGGCGUCCGACCAGUAAUAUUUGAAUGUAGAUAAUAAACUCUAUAGCUACCCUAUAACUUUAUAGUUGCUUAAUACUUAUGGUACAGGUUGUCAUUGAAGCCUCUGACUUCAGAUCCACUGGCCCAAGAUCUAAG